AGAUCGUCCGGGGGUGGACGAAUGACGAGGGUGGCUGUGCUCGUCCGUGUAUUCCGACCGAUUGGCGGAUUUGUCUCGCGACGAUCGACACGGUUAAACCCGAUCGACGACGGCUAUUAUGCGGCGACGGCAGAAAAGCAAUCCCUGCUUCUCUGCUCUUCUUAAACCCCCACCAGACGCGCGACCUUCCAUCCCUUCCGCCAAGAGAUCGAAUCCACAUUUCGACAAUGUACGUCACAAAAGUUAAGUAGAAAGAAAGAGGAAGAAGGAGGAUAUAAGGAAAGUGAGGAAGAUGCCUAGCUCCUAUUCGAGAGUUGUAAUCCUCCUCUUGUUAGGAGCUUCUGUGUCAGUGUCCGGCACUGCGGACGCAAAAUCGUUGAGAGCGGCGAAAGCCAGACUCAGAUUGUCUUAUUCAUCGUGGCGGAUAGUGGUAUGUUUAACUCAGCCUCAGACUCCUUUCAAGACAGACGUACAGAAAGCAUGGGAGGAAGCGAGACUGGAAUCUUUACACGCGGACAUGGAUGUAUCGUAUAUAGAAGCAAGGAUGACACCCAUGACAGAUUCCUUGCAAUACCCCUUAUCACUGUUAAACAAAUUUUGUACAGACAUCGAAGGCGGAAAGACAGUACUAAGCCUUAUUAUAGGAGGAGGAUCGGCAGCCAGAUUUCUCGUCACAGCUGCUGCCGCCUUGAACCUUCCGGCUCUAUGGUUGCCGUUCACGCACAAAGAUUUUCUUCGCCAGGGAAAUUUUGGGCGGUUCGAAAACCGUAUAGGUUCAAGCUCCAAAGAGGUUGGAGCAGCAGCAGCCGCUUUAAUGCAUCGGGCUAAUUGGCACGCGUUCACCCUUCUCAUUGACACCACCCUGCUACCCUUGACGCAUUUUUUGCAAACGAAUCAACCGACGCUAACGCCUCGCGCGAUAAUACAUCUGCCGACGAACGACAAAACCUUGAGACUGAGACUAAGAAGAGUAGCCGAGGAGGGUGGGAGCGGUGGGGUUGUGGUAAUGGCCUGCGACCUGAACAACGCCCGAAAGAUUCUCAGCGCGGCCGGCAAGUUCGAAAUGCUCGCGGGUAGAUUUCUGUGGCUGUGGUUGGAUCUCAAAGCUGAGCUGCGACCGAACGAGCCCAACAUCAUCAAUUCGCCCAGCAUUAUUCACAGCUCGCGAACCGUAGCGAUUACGAACACGAACGAGAACUUGCCGCCGCGAGCGACGAAUCUCGUGGUGGGCGAUGAUCAGCCGCUGGUGCCGCCGCUGAACUCGCUGCCGAGUCUGACCGACGACAUACAUCGGCUACAGGAAUACAGGUGGCGGGGCGAAAAGAUUGUGAGCAAGCGGGAGGACCGUAGCUUCAACUUCGACGACGAGGAAGACACGAGGUUCACGAGCGAUCGGGAUCUCAAUUCCAAGAACUUCAUGCCGGUCGGCAUGCUCGCGCUGAGACCGUCCGGUAUUAAGAUCAUGGGCGGCGACACCAUACUCUCUCGAAUGCUGCGGGAAACCUCGCAGGCGUUGGACGCGACCUUCGUAGAGUUAAAAGGCAGACUGAGCCGAAUGCGCGAAUCACAGCUCAAGGAACAUUUUAUUCCAGAGUGCUUUCCGGAUCGCAAGGCCAAGUUUAUGACAAGCGAAGUGCGACAGAACGUUUCUGCGACUCUGACGAGCAAACUGAGGGAAUUUAUGGGACAACUUUCUCGGGAUAAGGCGGAGUUCCAGCUGCUGAAUCUGCAAGCCAUCAGAUUUCCCGGGAACAAAACUCAACUGAGGUGGACCAAGGUCGGCACUAUCAAGGGUGGCAGGGAAGUUCGUCUGGAUACUAUAAUUUGGCCGGGCGGCGGUAUCGUGCCGGCGUAUCUCGAGCAGGGCGGCGAAAAGAUCGGCAUGCCGAUUUAUCGCAUCGUCACCGCGCUUGCGUCGCCCUUUACCAUGGUCACGAGUCUACAGGAGGGUUUCUGUCUGCGCGGUCUCAGUUGUCGGCAGGGCGAUACCGUGAUGUGUUGCUAUGGCCUGAGCAUGGACUUGUUGGCGCUGGUGGCGCGCGAGCUCGGUUUCCGUUUCGACCUGUAUCUGGCCGAGGAUGGCUUGUUCGGCAAGCGAAACGGUCGCAGCGGCACUUGGAACGGCGUGAUGGGAGAAUUGGUGUCCGGACGGGCGCAGCUCGCGUUCGCACCUCUCAGCGUGUCCGCUCAUCGCGCCGAGGUGGUGGAUUUCACCACUCCGUACUAUUUCAGCGGCGUGAGCUUUCUCACGGCGCCAAAGCUUCGCUCAGAGAUACCACUGUUCGCGUUUCUGUUCCCGUUCAGCACAGAACUAUGGAUUGCCGUGUUCACGUCGCUUAACUUCACCGCAAUUGCCGUAGCGUUGUACGAAUGGUUCAGCCCGUUCGGACUGAAUCCCUGGGGCAGACAGCGCAGCAAGAACUUCUCCAUCGCGUCCGCACUGUGGGUGAUGUGGGGUCUUCUGUGCGGUCACUUGGUGGCCUUCAAGGCGCCAAAAUCUUGGCCUAAUAAGUUCCUCAUCAAUAUCUGGGGCGGCUUCUCCGUUAUCUUCGUGGCCUCGUACACGGCCAAUAUCGCUGCCCUUAUUGCUGGUCUCUUUUUUCAUUCUGCAGUUAGCAAUUAUCAUGAUAAGAGCUUGCUGUCGCAGAGAGUCGGUGCGCCGAGAGCGUCCGCGGCCGAAUACUAUGUGCAAAGAGCGAAUCCGCAACUGUGGUCCCACAUGGCUCGAUUUUCUCUGUCGGAUGUCGCCGAAGGUGUGGAAAGAUUGAGAAACGGUAGUCUGGACAUUCUAAUCGCGGACACGCCGAUUUUGGAUUAUUACCGGGCGACCGACGACGGAUGCCGUUUGCAGAAGAUCGGCGACACCAUCAACGAAGAUACUUACGCGAUUGCGCUCACGAAGGGACAUCCUCUGAAGGAGAGCAUAUCUAAAGUUAUAGCGAAUUACACGAGCAACGGUCUGCUCGAUAUUCUGCAGGAAAAAUGGUACGGUGAUCUGCCAUGUCUUGGGGGACGACAAGGCAUGCAAGCAGGUCUCGAGCCCGAACCUGGUGGUCAACCCAGGCCAUUGGGAGUGGCGUCCGUAGCCGGGGUGUUUUGUUUACUUGGGAUGGGCGUCGUGCUAGGCGCUAUCAUAUUGGCGGGAGAACAUCUAUUCUACAAGUACACGUUGCCGCGGCUACGGCACAGGCCGGAGGACUCCAUCUGGCGCAGCCGCAAUGUCAUGUUCUUCUCGCAGAAGUUGUAUAGGUUCAUCAAUUGCGUGGAACUGGUUUCGCCGCAUCACGCCGCUCGUGAACUGGUGCACACAGUACGACAGGGUCAAAUCGCGUCACUCUUCCAAAAGAGCGUUAAACGAAAGGAACAUGAACAACGUCGCAGACGUAAAAGUAAAGCGCAGUUCUUCGAGAUGAUUCAAGAAAUUCGAAGAGUUCAGCAAGAAGAAAAAAUCGAAGUAGUGUCCGAAGAAACCGAGACCACGAAGAAGGAUGAGAAAUUAGGCAAGGGCAGAGAAAGAAGUCGUAGCAAGAGUCCACUAAUGCCUCGCAGUCCUAAGCGAUCAGAAAAAAGCAGAAGCUCCACCAACUUAUCAGCAUCUCGCCUCGGUCUGUCGCCGGUGAGCCUCGACGCGCCAAUGAAGCCGCGCGAGUUUACACUCAGCAGCACGAAUCUACGCGCGAGAAGCCCACUGGAGACGGUUGGCCGUAGAUUGAGUCACGGUGACGGCGGUUCGCCGCCGCCACGCUUGGGAUCUCACUUCGGUAGCAGCGCAACGUUGCGACCGUUGGCGCCCACUAGGAGCGACUCGACCGGCGGCGGCACCCCGACGGUUCGGCGCGAUUCCGCCGCGGGUGGUGUACCCACACCGAGGUAUUCCCGCAGCCCGGCCAAGCGGGGCCAGUCGUUCCCGGUGUUCGCCACGCUGAGACCGCCACAUUCGAGCAGCUACCAGGCGUCCAAGAGUCCGCUGCUGUCGCCGAACAGCGAGCAUCAUCUCAGCGCUAUCGGCAGAAAGCUGUCGCGCGAGUGGGGUUCUGGAACUAUCGACAUUACCAGGUCGACGGAGGCUAUAGGUAGUGGCGGAGGUGGUGGUGCUGGCGGUUCAACGUACACUCUGAAUCAGGAAGCGACACUCUCCUUGCGACGUUCUGUGGACGAGAAGACUCAGGAGCCGGCGGUGCCAAUCAAGAAGCCGAUACGACGCGCCAGAAGCCACGAGAACCGCGACACCAGAACGAUGGCGGAUCUGCCGUCGCCAAGAUUGACUCAUCAGCCGGCGGUAGGCGGCCAAUCGGUGAGCGAGCGCGAGAAGAAGCAGCUGGAAUCCGAGCUGAAGGCGAUUCUAAGUGCCAGGGCCCAUCAUCGCGACCUGCAUCCCCCAUGAUAAGAAAACAUCGUUCCGCGCGAAUAGGGAGAGCUUUUGAAAGCAGUUCGGCUUGCUGAGGGAUUGCCGAGCCUCUGAGGGGCUUUGAUUGAUUUAAGCAAUAUCAGAUUUCUAGGUCAAUUUGUAGAGAAAUCUUCGACAGUUUUAUCAGAGAAAAAUACAGAACUAGCCAGAGAAAUGUACACACACGAAGGCGCGGUGGGGCGCGGGAGGAACUUUUUUUCUGGAGUGGAAGGGGCUGGUGGGGACGAGAGAUGUUCUCUUUGAUUGUUCAUACGUUGUUACAUACAUUGAUAAUAUAGGAUUACGUCGAUAAAACAAAAGUGCUAUAAACUUUUAUUAGUAGAAAUGUCUUAAAUAGGUAGCGAGAUACAUACGAGUACUAAGAUAUUUUCUUGUUGGCAUUUUAACUCUACAUUAACCGGCAGCCUGGGUGAGUCUCUCUCGAUUGCUAUGGUAUAAAAACCUUGUACGCUGCAGUGUUUCUCAACUGCGAUCCUCGAUAGAUCUUAGCGCGACCGAAGCUCCUACUUGGAAAAAAUAAAAAAAAAAUAAAAAUAAAAACUAUAUCGACUUUUAAAAUCUAAGUGAAAUUAUUAUGUAAAGCAGUGCAAUCUUUCUCACCGAGUCGGGCCUGUCCACGUUUUAUCGUGCGGUCGUAAGCCCUAAUUUCUCUUAACGAUUAACAACAAACUGCAUUAACCGCAGAAUGCGCAAGAGAUACAACGAAUACGUGUCUACGCGAUGAUUGAUUUGUAAUAGAGAAUCUCAGCUUUUGUGUCCCUGUUUGUCUCUUCUUCGUCUCAAUCGGCACGAGACGACAAAGAGACGAGAGGUGUUUCGCUCGCGAGAGCGCAAACCAAAGGACAGGCCUUGUGCUAGAUACCGUUCCUUCGGGAGUGUAAAUAUCAAUCUCGUUAUCAUACAGACUUCGAUAUUGUUCUCUCGUCUCGUCUAACGAAAUACUGUAAAUACGAUCGAAUCAUAUAUAUAUAUAUAUAUAUAUAUAUACGAUCUUCGCAUAGACAGAAUAUAAUAGUGGAAAUAUAUAAAUUAUUUCGAGAUGCCACACACACACACACACAAUACACACACACAUACGCGAAAGUUGAGAAACGCUGGUUUAUCAAACUUCGUCGAAUUGGACUGCAUACUGCCACUUUAAUAAUUUCUGUGACUGCGGGAAGAGGGAGACUCGCUUGACGGACUCUCGGCGUAGAAAGACCACUAAUCGCGAGAUAAAAUACAUGCAUUAUAAUCUCAAAACAAUUAUGUCGCGCAUGUCGAGAAGAUAAAUUAGAAGUCGACACACUUUAAUCCAGUCUAUCGUUACGAGCGCAACACGGGUUAUUAAAAACCGAAGGACAAGUCCGGCGAAAAGAGACGGAAGUAUUUCAAAAAAACAAAUUUCGCGCAGUCGUUCUGUAAUGUAGCGGGGAAUCUUUCGCACGACCCAAAGCGGUGUCGAAAGUAAAUCAGUAAAAUCUGUAAACUAAUUUAACGUUCGAAUGAGAAUUACUUUUUAUCGCACAACAAAAUUAAUUAUCAAAAACUACAAUUCGGUUGCUUCGUAAUACGUAAAGAGCAAGAUGAGAAUAAAAAGCGAGAUAAAAUAUUCGAUUUAAUCUCGAUAUUCCUUCCUGCGCGGAUAUUAUCCAAACUACUUGUCGUUUCGCGUUCGCUGGCGACUCGAUGCAGCAAGAUCGACUUCCGACGGUUUUUUUCCUAGACUGAUAGGUGAAAUUUAAUUCAGGAAUUGUAAAUGAAACAUUAUUGGAAUUGAAUAAUUGUUAAUUAUUGAUCGAUGUGCAUGUCCCAUCUUCGUCUACGAAUUCUUUCGAUUCACUUGGUGAAAGCGGGCGAAAACGUUACGUCUCGUCUAAUCUCAUUAUUAUUCAACUUGUAGAUGGUAGUGUGCGUGGAUGUGUAUGGGACUAAGGAAGUCUAAAGUAAAUUAAAUUACUUUAAAGCAAAAAAAAAAAAAAAACAAAAAAAUAAAAGGGAGGAGGAUUCAUGAGCGAGGCCUUAGAGGAGUAGUCGUAUCCGCCCAAAAAAAAGAUACUUUACUUAACUCUAGUACUGUACUAUACUGUACUCAAAUAUUUCACUACAUUAUACAUAUACAUAUAUAUAUAUAUAUAUAUAUAUAUAUUAAAUAUAUAUAUAUAGAGGAUAGACAUUUAGUUUCAUAGUUUCCUCGGUAGAAACGCUAUUGUAUUCAGAAACUUAACAGACUAAAACAAAUCCCUCGUCGAGUCCUUAGAAAAUAGAUAUCUCCGUGUGAGUGUACGUGUGAUCAUUCACCCCGGGAAUGCAGCAAG